AUGCAGAUUGUCUGGGGUUUAGACCAGGUGACACUCCUGAAUCCUCCAGAGGAGCCUCUGUCAGACCAUCAUUUGAAGAUACUUUACUCUUGUGAUGAACCUGCUACUGUACAGCUGGACUGUAUUGUAUCUUUUGACACUGGCAUCAUUUCCACACUCCUGCUAAGACGGUGGAGCUGCGUCCCCGGUGACCCUAAAAUAAGAACUGUGCAGCUGAAGCUGCCAGAUUGGUUGGUAUAUCAAGCUGAUGGGAUUGUUCCAUACUCCCAGUGGGUGCUAAGUUGUAUCCUGCUAGCGUCAGUCAGAUACAGUGGAUUUGAUGACAUUGACAGGUCUGUUGCAGUUCUGGAUGUUGCAACGUUGCAGCCUAAGCCCUUUUAUAAUCGACCUGUAAAGCAGCAUAAACUGUGCAUUGCCUGGAGCACUGAAAUGUUGCAGUUGACUCAACGGUUUUCAAAGAAACAGUGCCCUUUGGAGCAAGAAACAGUGCAUUUGCUGUCUUCAGUAUAUGCUUCAACUGGAGAAAGCUUUGGUAUCACUAAGACACUUGACCCUUAUAGCAGUGGGUUUCUGGAGUAUCUGCGCGUUAAAGCCAUCUCUUUUCCAUGGUGUAUGUUCUCCAUCUGGAUAUUUGUGACCAGACACUGUCAGGGAAAAAUGUGUGGAGUGUUUUACCAUAUAGACUCCCAUAACAAUUAUGUCACACCAACAUUGUUACUCACAAAUUCAGGCCAACUACACAUCCAGAUGAAUGGAGAGUCGGAGGAAUCCUCUGCAUUUCUGUCUCCAUUCAGGGUGCCCUUAAAUGAGUGGUGCCAAAUCAAUGUGAUGUUGCAGGGUAGGAUGGUGACAGUAUCUAUGGUGUGCAUGGAUAAGGAGCAGAGGACGGUUCAUUCAAUGAAACAUAAGUUGAGGCAUAUUGUCAUGUUGGAUGACACAGAGGGAUAUUUCGUGAUUGGUGGAGGGAAAUAUAUAAGAGGUGUGGAAGGUUAUUAUGGACCACUGGUUUACUACCGUAACAGAAUAUCACCUCAGAGCAUGUCUGAAGUUGUUAUUCCAGAUGUUAUAAUGACAGUGAACCUGACUGGAUGGCUGCAGACCUGUCAAGCAUUUCGUCUUGAGAUGAAUGUGAAAAUCAACGGCUAUUCUCUCAAAGCCAAUCAGAAAACAGAGUCUGAGAUCUGUUUUGAUGUUUUCCAUGAGUGGACAGUAAAGGACAGACUACAAUCAAAGUCACAGUGUGAGCUAUGGGAGGCAACUGUCCCGCGCAGAAGACAAGCUGCAAAACUGGCCAGGUUUUUGGCUUUCAAACAUAGAGAAAGAAGAGUUAACCUGGCAGCUGUGGGCAGGGCACUUUACUUCUUAUCAUGUCAUAAGCUGAGCAGAGGACGCAGGACUGAAAUGGUCAGCAAAAUAUUACCACUGCUGCUCCAAGCUGGCUGCUUAGCUGAUAACCGAGCUCUGCACAUGUCUUCGGUGCUCUACAGCAGUGGCCUGGGAGUAAAGAAACAGCCCAGUAAGGCUUGGCUCCUGGCACUGCUUGCAGGCCAGAAGGAUGAUCGAUUAGCACUCCUGCAUCUUGGGCACCUGCAUCAUCAGGGUGUGCAUGGCCUUUCCACAGACCACGAUUUGGCCUAUGCAUAUUAUGCAAACAUUGCUAAACAGACAACUUUAGACCGUCUUAAUCCCACACCAGAGCAGACAUUUGUUGAGGCUGUUUACUUAAAUAAUGAUGAGGUGCUGAAUCUCCAGACAGAUGAAGACCAUCAUAUCUUCCAGUGGCUGAAACUGCAGGCAAGCAGGGGAGCAGCUGAAGCUGAGCAUGCCCUAGCUCGCAUGCUGUUCUGGGGUCAGCAGGGAGUGUCUCCAAACAUCCAGGUGGCUGUGAGGCACUACGAAAGGGGUGCUGUCAAGUGGGAAGACCCGAGGUCAAUGUAUGACUAUGGCAUAGUCCUACUGCAGGGGCAAGGGGUUGAAAAGGACAUCCCAAAAGCUAUCAGUUUUCUGAAGAAAGCAAUGGAACAGGGUUUUGUUCCUGCAAUCAAUGCCCUGGCCUGGUAUUAUGAGCAGAUUGAGCAGGACUAUGAGAAGGCAGUGCAGCUGUGGGAGCAGGCUGAUCUCCUCAAGUGUCCAGAUGCUGCUGUGAAUCUUGGUGUCAUUUACUCACAGGGUCUGUAUCCAGGAAAAGCUGCUGACCAGUUUAUGGCCUAUCAAUACUAUCUGAAGUCUGCAGAGAGAGGGCACAUCAGAGGAGCAGUUCAAAUUGCUGACAUCUGGACCACUGGGAUGCCUGGCUACGUCAACAGACGUCCAUCAGAUGCCGUUUUGUGGGCAAAGUGGGCAGCUGAGCACAAUGGAUACCUGGGCAGCAUCUUGCGGAAAGCCUUGGAUUCAUAUCUCAAGAGUGACAUGUUCAGCUCACUGUUAUAUUACAUGAUGGCUGCUGAGUCCGGGUAUGCAGCUGCCCAGUUCAAUGUGGCAUAUCUAUGUGAACAAAACACAUUCGGUUUUCUGGAUCCUGCCUUUGCAUCAAACUGCAUGUGGAGAUAUUACAACCUUACAAUCCAAAGUCAAAAUCCUGACACUUAUGCCUUAAUUAGGAUGGGUGACCUGUUGUUUGAGGGGCAGAGUGACAGGCAGAAAGACAUGUCCUCUGCAGCAGAGAUGUACCUAGUUGCAGCACUAAGGAACGAGCCACAGGGAUGGUACAACCUUGGACUCAUUGCUGAAGACGGUUACAGGCUUCCGCUGUCAGUAUUGAUUGAACUCGGCCUUUCAGAGCUGUAUCUGGCAGAUAGAAGUUUACUUCUUAGUGCUUUGUACAAAAGAUGCAGAGACUCCGAAAAUGCAGAUUCAUACUUGCCUUGCAGCCUUGCCCUCUUCAACGUGUAUCUUCAAUCUUUCAAAAAGGACUACAGUACUGCUAUUAUGGUCAGUGUCUCCACUGCCUUUGCUGUGGUUGCAGCUCCACCAAUAUUCUUUAUCAUCCUCGGUGUACUCAGGAGACCUGUCCUGUCUCUCAACUAGAGCAGAGAUUCUUAUUGGGAUCAUUAGUGCAACAACUGAGGGAAUAAAGUGUAAAGUCAAUCUGCACGCCAACAGCACCGCAAUAUAUUGUGUUACAUAUGUGUAUUAUGUGAUCACCGUUAAGAACAAAUGUGAUUCAAUUUUUCAUGAAAAUAAUAACUUGAUUGAACAAUAAAGAGGACUGUGAGUGGAUGACUUCAAGAAUUUCAGGUAAUGAAUGUCCAGGUGUAGCCUCAGGUCCACCAUCCACCAUUUACUUUAUUUUACUUUAUACUAAAAAGUGCUUACUAAACAAGCAUAUGGACACAAUUAUCUUAAUUUUGUUCAAUAUUUUUACAUUUGUCUGGUUGUUGUUGGAGCUGUCUAUG